UCCCACCAUUACAGGAUAAAAACAAAGGGUUUCCGAGAGAAGUAACCGGUGUUAACCCGGAAAAAGUUUUGCUUGAAACAAAACCACUUAUAUUUUGGUCAACGAUGAAAUGCCUUUUGGUCAUAUCGGUAGUAUUGGUUACAUUUCUAUCAACUGUAUCGCCAUUGAAUAAUGGACUGGCAAGAACUCCGCCCAUGGGCUGGAUGCAGUGGGAAAGGUUCAGAUGUGAAACAAACUGCACAGAAGAUCCAGACAACUGUAUAGGUGAGAAACUGUUCAAGCAGAUCGCUGAUGCAAUGGUGAGCGAGGGCUACCACGCUGCUGGGUACCAGUAUCUGUCCAUAGAUGACUGCUGGAUGCUGCCAGAGCGGGGACCUGAUGGCAGGUUGACACCUGAUCCACAGAGAUUUCCCAGUGGAAUGAAGAGCCUUGCUGACUAUAUUCAUUCCAAGGGCUUGAGGUUGGGUAUCUAUGCAGACAUGGGACUGCACACGUGUAAGCUGUAUCCAGGGAGCAAGUUCUAUCUGCAAUUGGAUGCCCAGACGUUUGCGGACUGGGGCGUGGAUAUGCUUAAGCUAGACUGUUGCUGGGCUGGCGGGCUUGGGGAUCUGGAAACUGGUUAUGAGGUGAUGAGCCUUUACCUUAACAAGAGUACCACCCUAACAAAGAGACCCAUCCUGUAUGCCUGCAGCUGGCCAGCCUGUUCUGGGCACGCGACCAAGUACAAGCUAGUGAGGGAUCACUGUAACAUGUGGAGAAACUACGCCGACCUCAGGGACUCAUGGGACUAUGUGUAUCGAGCCAUUGACUAUUAUGGUAACAACACUGAUGGCUUCCAGCAGAUUGCAGGACCAGGGGGAUGGAAUGACCCUGAUCAGGUCGUUGUAGGUAACUUCGGGCUCAGCGAGGACCAGGAGAGAGCUCAGUUCGGGAUGUGGUGUAUGAUGGCUUCCCCAAUCUUCAUGUCAAAUGACCCACGACACAUGCGUCUGAGCUCUCAUGCCCUCCUUACCAACAAGAAUCUCAUAGCCAUCAACCAGGAUAGCCUUGGAGUACAGGCCUACAGGAUACGGAAGGCAAAUGGGUUGGAGACUUGGUUAAAGCCAUUGUCAGGAUCUUGUACUGCCAUUGCUGUUUUAAACAAUCUCAAUUAUGGAAACACCCUCAAAUUUUCUGCAACGUUAGGUCAGCUUGGGCUGAAUAAUACAUCGGGUUACCAUCUGACAGAAGCGUUUGAAAACAAAGACAUGGGAAAAUACUUGCCGAAAGAUUCAUUGAAGUUAUUUGUAAACCCUACAGGGAUUGCAAUAGUGGUGGUGUCACCUGUUGGGGAUACUCCUGCCGUGGAAGUAAAUUGAUGACAUUUUUGGUCAACAAAAGUCACAGAAUCUGGUGCUUACCUCCUGUGCAAUCUAUUUGUAUUUGAUUCAAUUGGAAUGCCUUGUAGUAUUAUUCAAAGUAUAUAUAACAUACAAAAGUUAAAAGGUUAAAGCGCAUAACUAGGUGCACAUCAUUUUAUAUCCAUGCUUUUAACCAUCACUGCAUCUUGCCACACAGCCAUCUUGUACAUAUCACCAAUCAUGUUGAUGUUCCAUUGAUGGCCAUGGGCUUAAUUAGGAAAAAGGAGAAAAAAGAGAAGUUUUGUAUGCAUUUACUUCCCAUAUUCUUUACAGUUUAUCUCACUUUAAAAGUUGUUGAUCUCUUAAAGGAUCGUUAACAUUCCAAAAUAAUCAUUAUAUACAUAUAUAUGUAAUUAUGCCAGAUUUAAACACAUUGAGGAUUAGAGCAUUUUUUUGUUUGAGUGCGAUCUUUAUAAUGAUCCACUAGCUGUUGCACUGUAAUAGAUGAAAUUCAGUCUGAGUUGUUUGACAAGGGUACGGACAAUUAAUUAAAAAAAUGAUGUCCUUGUAGUCAAGUAAACUAUUUUUAACAUAUUGAAAAUACUUAACUGAAAAAAGAAAUACUAUUUAACCGGACAUCAUAUUUGGUGAUCUUAUUGCUCUAUUUGAAACUAUUCGUAUUAAAUAUGUUCUGAUUUAUAGACUAUUAUGUUAUAUCAUUUUGAUGAUUUAUCUAUCAUGAUGAUUUAUAGAUCCAUCGGGCAGUAUGUUGUAAUCAUUUUGUUUGAGUUUCACAUGCUACAAUAAUAAACAGCUUACUUUCUUACUCUUGCAAUGUAUCCAGGUUUUUGCAUAAAAGCACAUAUUUAAAAGUAAUUGGAUUUUAUAGAACUGUUACAUAUUUUUUCAUUAUGAGUGUGCAAUGCUUUUUAUUUGGUCUUCUAUCUAACUAAUGUAUGUUGAUGUUCAAUUUUAAGUUUACAAGUUGUGUGACAUGUUUCUGUUUUAAGCAUUUGUAAUCUCAAGUUAAUGAAUUGUAUUUAAUCAGUAUAUUUUUUUUAUU